ACGAUCGUUCUCAAUACACUCAGUUCUCACAAACAGAAAUGAUAAAACCGAAAAACGACACAGACCUCCCAUUGGAAAGAGGUCGUCCCUACGCGCUACAGCUCAACUCCGUCGUCCAUGUCUGACUCUGACUCUCAACACUCUCCAAAUCACAAUAAAUGGUAUUAGAUCUGGUGGUCGUUGGGUUGGUUUAGGACACAGCUCAGCCCAAGGUGGUGGAGAGAGAGAUACAGAGGGAGAACAACUGCCCAACGGAAGGUAUAGGCAUGCCGACCGUUGCCUCUCUCCUAUCUUCUCAUCCCUCUCCUUCUCAUAUCCUCUCUUCCUAUCGCCCUCGUUCUAUAUCAAUCUUCUCGCCCUCUCAAUUCCGACCAACAAAUAACCCCAGAAAGCUACGGCCCCUCGUGCUCGCUUCGUCGACAUCCUCUUUCGAUGAGCUCAACGCCAAAGGCAAAUCUGAUGCCGCCAAUGUUUCAAAGAAAUCAUUUUUGUCCAAUCUUAUACAAGAUAUAGAGCCUUUGGAUGUAACCCUUCUUCAAAAGGAUGUUCCACCCAAUACUGUAGAUGCCAUGAAGAGAACUAUAUCAGGCAUGUUGGGCUUACUUCCUUCUGACCAGUUUCAAGUCUUGAUUGAAGCUUUCUGGGAGCCCCUCUCCAAGUUGUUGGUUUCUUCUAUGAUGACCGGGUAUACACUGAGGAAUGCUGAAUAUAGACUUUGCCUUGAAAAGAACCUUGAUAUAAAUGCAGAGGAUUUUGGAAAACAAAGGCUAGAGAAUGCUAAACCUGAUGACCAUGGGAUGUCAGUUGAUGGUAGCCCAAGAAUAUUUGAGUUUUCUGGGAAAAAUGAUAUAUUGCCCAAAUAUGAAAGAAGUGAUGAAUAUCCCUCAUAUGGGAGCAAGAGUUUUCAUGACCUUGGGGAAAUAACCCCUGAGGCUCGAGAAUAUAUUCUUCAUUUGCAAUCUCGUUUGUCUUCUGCCAAGAAGGAACUAUCUGAAGUUAAAAGGAAAAAUGCAGCCCUUCAAAUGCAACAGUUUGUUGGGGAAGAGAAGAAUGACUUAUUGGACUACCUGAGAUCUCUGCAACCAGAAAAGGUGGCUGAGCUGUCAGAACCAGCAUCCCCUGAAUUGCAAGAAACCAUUCAUAGUGUCGUACAUGGGCUCCUUGCAACCCUUUCUCCUAGGAUGCAUUCUAAGACUUCUCUCUCUGAUAACACAUCAACUAGAAUCAUGAACAUUGCAGCAGAAGAAGAUUGUACUGAACUUGUUGAGAACACUUCCAUCCAAUUCCAGCCCAUCAUUUCAGUCACUCGGGAUUACCUUGCUCGCCUGCUUUUCUGGUGCAUGCUACUAGGACACUACCUCAGAGGUCUUGAGUACCGGUUGGAGCUGAUGGAACUGCUGACCUUGUCUAGUGAUGUGGAAUCCAAUGAUGCUUCAAAUGGUGAGCUAGUUGCUUAGGAGUUCUUAUUCUUGUUGGCAUGAAGAAAAUCAAUGUACAGGAACAGCUACGUUGAGGUCUCUUGGCAAUUUUGGAUUAUGAUUUAUGGGAAUUCAUGGUUCCUCCUAAGAUACUGAGGCAGGUUUUUUAAGACCUGUGUCACAAUAAUCCAUAGCUGAGGUUCCCAAGUUCCUUUGCGAGUAAAGCUUGAAAUGUAGGCCUAAGAAAUGCUGUUUUUUAUAGCUUCAUCAUGUAAUUUUUGUUUAUGCAUGCAACUAGCUUCUAGAUGUUUAAA